GCACACACACAUCUACACACACGGCCAUGCAGGGGGAGAAAGCAAGGGGGAGGGAGCGAGAAAAAGAGAUGUAGAGCGCCACACACACAACGAGGGAACCCCAUCAGCUGGAAGUCGAGUAACAUUACAACUCUCAGCAACCUCAAAGAAGUGUAUCAGUCCGACCAGGGAUUUGUCUUUUGACUAUACCGGCGGGGGACUAUUUUUUCUUCCCAGCGUUUUGCUUUUUUUUUUCAAAGGAUACUAUAUAAUUUUAUUUUAUUUUUUACCGGGGGAGGGGGGGACCAAACUGGCGAGAAGGGAGCAUGGAGUAUUUCAUGGUACCAGCUCAGAAGGUGCCCUCGCUGCAACAUUUUCGGAAAACGGAGAAGGAGGUGAUUGGUGGUCUCUGCAGCCUGGCCAACAUUCCUCUGACCCCAGAAACAGCCCGGGACCAAGAGAGGCGAAUUCGCAGAGAGAUCGCCAACAGUAACGAGCGUCGGCGCAUGCAGAGCAUUAAUGCCGGAUUCCAGUCCCUCAAAACACUCAUCCCACACAGUGAUGGAGAGAAGCUCAGCAAGGCUGCCAUCCUGCAGCAGACAGCAGAGUACAUUUUUACGUUGGAGCAGGAGAAGACACGGCUAUUGCAGCAGAACAGUCAGCUGAAGCGAAUCAUACAGGAGUUUAGUGGUUCUUCCCCUAAGAGGAAGCGUGCAGAGGAGAAAGAUGAAGGGAUUGGCUCACCGGACAUUUUGGAGGAGGAGAAGACUGAGGACUUGAGGCGAGAGAUGAUAGAGCUGAGGCAGCAGCUGGAGAAGGAGCGUUCACUCAGGAUGAUAUUUGAAGAUCAGAUGCGUUCUCUGGAUGCUCAGUUGUACCCAGAGAGACUGAAGGCGAUCGCCCAGCAGUUCCACGAGCAGCAGGCCCAAACACAAAGCCUGGUGCUUCUGCAGCAACAGAAACAGCUGGAGAAGGACGUGACACCAGCCCAUAGCCCUCAGGUGUUGGCCCCUUCUACUCCACCUGAACCUACACACCACGCCACAGUCAUCGUCCCUGCACCCGUUCAAACCCAACCCCAUCACGUUACCGUGGUUACCAUGGGCCCAACAUCUGUUAUCAAUUCAGUCUCCACGUCUCGGCAGAACCUGGACACCAUUGUCCAAGCUAUUCAGCACAUCGAGGGCACACAGGGGAAAAGCUGCGAGGAGGAGCAGAGGAGGGCGGUGAUCGUCACCCCAGGACGCGUGCUCUCUGACGCUGCAGGCUCAGACACGGCCUCCAACAGCGACGGCCCUGAUGACUGCACACUGCCUUGAGUACACCCCUGACGUCGUCUGGCGUACCACACUUUCAUUCACGCACACACAAAAACAGAAGAAGCAGACUACGGCUACAGGAUGCUUACAAACUCUGCAUUCCUGCGAAAAGAACACUGGCAGGGUCGGCAGUCAGACUGAAGCACUCAAUCUUAGUCUUUUUUUCUCUUUCAAUAGACAGCAAGUUUUAACUGUGAUAAGCUGCCCAGAUAGAUUUUCCCAUGCAGGCAUCUUUCUUUGCUUACCUGUAACCCCAGCGCUCUCACAUAAACAAACGCAUGUCUGUCUGUUGAUCUGUAGAAAGAUUCUUAGUGUUACUGCUUUGCUAACCGAUUUAGAAAAGCUCUGUUCAACUGGAUACAAGAAUUUGAAUGUCUGCAAAACAUCUCCAUUAACUACUAAGCCUUUUUUUUUUUUUCCUCACCUGACUGGAUGGGCGGCCAGGUGGUGUGGUGCCCCACCAGGCCCAGCAUCAGAGCAUUUUCACUAAGAAAGAUGUUUUUUGAAAUAUUUCUGCCUGAGACCCAUCUGAGCUGUUUGGAGGGACACUGUGAGAUCCUUUUUCACUCUAAUCUACUCUACUUUGUCAUAUUUUGUUCAGUUAACAGAUACUUUCAACUUGGGCUCACAGAUGAGAGGGCACUUAUCUCCUAAUACCUGUUUUUUUAUUUGUUUUUCUGGGCUGGCUUCCCGUUAGUCCCGCAUUUGGUGUAUACUACACCCAUUCUUCCAUUUACUCGUGACCUGUGACAAAAGUUCACUGCGUUGACCUUUAUUGAGACCCCAACCCAGGUGCGUGUAAAAGCCACAGGACUUGCAGAAAAAAAAAGCUAAUCUGUGAGUUUUGGUGAGUAACAUCCACGCAGACGUUAGUUUGAUUUUUCUGAAGCAGCAGAGCUCAGCGGUGCUCUAGACUCUGGAAGUCUACUGCCCAUGACUGACAUACAAUCACUUGUUUGCAAUCAUAGGAGUUUUUUGGUUUUUUUUGGCCCUAUCAGUGUAUUGUUUUGUACAAAUUUUGGGACAUGUAUAAAGUCAGAGUUUGCUGAAGCUAUAAGGAAAAUGCCCGGUGAAGUUUUUCGUUUAGCAUGGAGGUGACUGGAUCAGCUACUUUACCCAUGUUCUAUGCAUUUUACUUUGUAGAUCAUCUGUCAUAUUGUGCAUUUUUUGUGUAUUAAUCAAAUUAAAUACGUAUAUUUUCUGAUUUUUUUCCUUUUAAUCUUUUUCAAAUGUGCUUUGUUGACUGAAAUCCCAGUUGAUUUAAAGAAGAGAAAGGCAGUGGCUCGCCUUAUUGAAAGCCCAUGGGUGCAGGGAGGCACUGUGAGGCCAGCCUUAACACAGCCCUGAACACUUCAAUGCGUAGUGGCCACUGGAAAACCCACCAUUUUUUUCUUAUUACUUUUUAAAUUGGACUUAUAAAAACCUGGGCUUUCUUAAAAUGCAUAUUUACCCACAAGUUUUUUUCUAAUGUCCACUUAUUUGUUUGCCUAAGAGUCCAUUGUUUCGUAGACAUGGUUAAACUCAUGUUUUCUGUUACAAAUUCUCACAAUCUAAAUUGGGGUUUUUGGUUGAAAUUGAUCAAAUAAAUAUGCACUGUGAGCUUUCAAAGGCAGAAAGGAAAAAAAUCUCACAGAACGAGACGUCAACAUUCCAUGAAUAGAACUUUUUCUGUGAUGUUGCUUUUUUAAUAGCAUUUGAGGGCUUUUAUUUUGGCACACCCUAGUAUUUAAUACCAAACUCACCCCCCACAUUCAAACUGAACACAGUUACUACUUUUACAAACAACAAUGGCUGCACUGGAAGAGGAGAAAUUAAAUGAUAGGAGGGAGUUUUCUGGAUGGAGGGAAAAACUGUCUUUUUGCAAAGCCUCCUGAAAUCAAAACGUUUUAACCCCUGAACAGGUUCGUCAUUUUGUUGUUGUUUAUCUUGCGUUCCAAAACCUAUAGUGAACAUAUCAGAUUGCCAGAUUCGCAUGGGGAUCACCAAAUGGGGUUAAAAUUACAAAGCACUUACUGUAAUAAAGUGGAGCAUGCCUCUUCAUAUUAGUUAAGGGGCAUCUCUUCAGCUGAAGCUCUUGAAGUUAUGAAUAAAAGCCGCACAGCUGUGUUAUCCCCCUCCAUGUCAGUCCUAUAUCCUGUCAUGUUUACUAUCUUUUCUAUGUGACUUAUAUCCUGUCUUUGUUCAUAUAUUGUCAAUAUCUUUUGCUGCUCAUUUUAUUUCCUCUUUUUUUUUAUUAGACCUGUCGAUUUGCAUGGUCAUCCAGAAGCUUUUUGUUUUCUCUCUUAAAAGAUGUUUUGGGGAUAAAGAGGCUUGUGCCUUUGUAAAGACAGAAUAAUAAAGUUUGUACUGUUUUUUUUAAA